AUGAAACGAAGAUUUGAGGUUGCAGCCGCCUUUAGAUGUUUUUUGCUCAAAAACGCGUUGUGUCCUAUCUUGUUUUCCAUGGGCAGGGGGCGUGGUUUCAUCUGUAGUUUUUUCUUUGUAAACAACAUGCCGGAUUGGGAUCCUGCAGAUGUAAAGGAGGAAAAUGCCAAGAGAUCACAAAAUAUAAUUGCACUUGUAUCACAGCAUGCCGACGACAACUUAACUUUUGUCCGGAACAUCAGCACAUGUCUUGGGCUCGCUGGUCUUCUCAUCAUAGCGAGGAGCAUCAGGCUGAUUACAAAAUUUGGCUCUGCCUCUGAUAUUCCAGCAAGGUUCAUUGAGAGAAACAUCAGUAUCAGAGGAAGCGUGAGAACUAUAACCGAGAAAGGGCUUGAAGUGGAACACAUACCAAUUUACGUCCCUUUGCUCAGUCCCCUGCUUACGAAACGCCAGUGCGUGACCCUCCUGGAUGUGCGUCUGGCUGGGGUGGAGCUGACAUCAGAAGGACAGAACUGGAUCAGUCAGCAGCUGAAACCUGCUGAGACGGUGUGGCUCCGACUGAUCGCUCGACAGAACGAGACCCUCCACUGCCUAGUAUCAGUUAACAGGGGCUCGUUCUUCAACACUUGUGUGAAUGAGGAGCUUUUAAAGGAUGGUUUGGCCCGGACUUCUCCCCUUAUUGGUCUGGACCCUCAGUCACGCAUCUACUGGAGACUUUAUAAGCGCUUGUUGAGGGCUGAGAGCAGAGCAGAGAAAAAAGGAAAAGGCCUGUGGAAGGAAGAGAGCCGUUGGGAGAGAGCUACUAAUGUCUUGAGGAACAAUACACUGCUCGUGUCAAUUAAGAAACUCUUGAAAUGGACAUUUGGGGAUAAAAAAUAGUAUACAGAAAUAGAGAAAAUUAUAUAGUAUAUAGAAACUAUACAAUUUUCAAAAGGAUGAGGGUGGUUAUAGAUUAGCUAGAGUUGUUUUGCAUGUAUAUCUGAGUAACUUUUUAUAUAUUUAUUCCAUUUGUUACGUAUUGUUAAAUGCAAACAUGCAUGACUUAAAGGGAUAGUUCACCCAAAAAUUUAAAUUCUGUCUCCAUUUAGUCACCACCCAGUUGUUGUUGUUCUGAACACAAAGCAAGAUAUUUUGAAAAACGUCUGAAACUGAACAGUUCUGGGGGCACUAUUGGCUAUAGUAUCAUCUUUGUAAAAUGUGUAAAAUGAUGGCAGUCAAUAGUGAAUUUUUAUUUAUUAAAACUCCUAAUG